AUGAUUAAAAUCGCUUAUGCUUUCCAUCCAUUUCCGGCCAAUUGCAAGCCAUCAUGUGAUGCUACUCUACCGGCUUCACCAAGUUGGCAUUAUCCAGUACCUACAUCUUCAGUUGCUCCAUUAACAAAUGCAAAAAUACAAUCAACAACAAUUUAUGUCAAUUCUAUUCCAUAUACAGUUAUUCGUUUACUUGGUGAAGGACUUCAUAGUCGUGUUUAUGCUGCAUAUGAUCCUCGAACAGGUCAAUCUGUAGCAAUAAAAGUAGUACAAAAUGUUGAUUCAAAUGAUAGUCAUGAGUAUUCAAAAAUAUUUUUUAAAGAAAUACGUUAUUUAACUAAAUUACAACCACAUAAUCCAUAUGUUAUACGAGUUUUUAAUCAUGAAUAUGAUAAAAACUCUCAAACAGGUAAAAUUGUUAUGGAAACUGGACAUGAUUUUCGUUUUAUGUUACCAUUACAAGCACCACCUAAUAAAAAAAAAAUGACGAAUGCACAAAUAAAAUAUUAUUGGUAUCAAAUGGUUGAAGCUGUUGCUUUACUUCAUCGACAUGGUAUUGUUCAUUCAGAUAUUAAACCGGAAAAUUUUAUAAUGACACAUGGUGGUCAACUUCGUAUUAUUGACUUAGGGCUUUCAUUUCGUUUAUCACAUACACAACAAUCUGUAUUGAGACCAUUUGCAGGUACACCAGAAUAUAUGCCACCUGAAGUAUGUCAAAUACAAAAUGGACAAUAUUCUCGUCAAGGUCGAGCAUCGGAUAUUUGGGCACUUGGUGUUCUUUUAUUUGAAAUGAUCUUUGGUUAUCGACCAUUUGAACAUGUUCAAGAUAAUUAUGAUAAAAUGUCUUAA